GCACUCAGAGAUGCACAGACACACGCUGACUCCACGAAGGGACCUGCUUUCCCGCCCCAGAGGAAAGCAAUCUGAUCAAACAGACCUACUGUGCACCCAGCCCUCCAUGCUUAGGGACAACACACCUACAAACACAUAGGAAAGAGAGGGAGACUGCUUUGCCUGUGAUGCCUUGCUGGCCUUUUCUAGUAAAUAAGCAUUUGAAUGUGUUUUGUUCUAGGAGCUUUGGAGGCAGGCACAAAGGGAGCCCUUUCUCAUUCAGGAAGGUCCCUCUGCAGCCUCCCCCUUCCCUCCCCCACCUGCCUUUCGCCCAGGGGCUGAAGUGGCUUUCUUUCCCGGGUCCGAGUGAGGAUCUCUCCUGUUUCAGAGAACCCUGAGAACCACUAUGCCAUUUCUAAGUUAAACUGCUGGCCAAGAUGAAAUUAGGCUUUUAUUUUCUUUUGACACAGAGUCUCGCUCUGUCACCCAGGCUGGAUUGCAGCGGUGUGAUCUCGGCUCACCGCCACCUCUGCCUGUUGAGCUCAAGCGAUUCUCCUGUCUCAGCUUCCUGAGGAGCUGAGAUUAUAAGCGCACAACACCACGUCCAGCUAAUUUUUUUGUACUUUUUUUUUUUUUUUUUUUUUAGUAGAGACAGGGUUUUACCAUGUUGGCCAGGCUGGUCUCAAACUCCAGACCUUAGGUGAUCCGCCCACCUCGGCCUCCCAAAGUGCUGGGAUGACAGAUGUGAGCCACUGUGCCUGGCUUUUUUUUUUUAAGAGAUGGAGUCUAACUCUGACCCCCAAGCUGGAGUGCAACGGCACGAUCUUGGCUCACUGCAACCUCUGCCAACUGGGUUCUAGUGGUUCUGUGUCAGCCUCCUGAGUAGCUGGAAUUACAGGUGCCGGCCACCAUAUCCAGCUAAUUUUUGUAUUUUUAGUAGAGAUGCAGUUUCACCAUGUUGGCCAGGAUGAUCUCGAACACCUGACCUCAUGAUCUGCUGGUCUUGGCCUCCCAAAGUGCUGGGAUUACAGGUGUGAGCCACCGUGCCCGGUCAGGUCGGUCAUUUUUAGAGUUGGUCCCCUGAAGCUCCCAGUCAUUCACAGGCCUUUGCCCUGUCCCCUGUCCACAUUGAGGCCAGGAGGGCCACAGGGAUGAACCUGUCCACUAUGGUCGCAGCUCUUCCCAGGAGGGAACUCUUGUCUUCCGAAAGUUUUCUUUCCCCUCCUCUGGCCAUUCCAGGCUGAAGGAAUGAAAACUCCCUCUCUCUAGGCUGGAAAACAGGUAAGUGACAUGUAAUUUAUGAGUCUAAAGUGCAGAAGUCUUAUGUGCACAAAGGAGCCGGGUAAAUAUUUAAAGAUUAGAGCCAGCUGGGGAGAAACACAAAAGACUGGGGCAAUUGGGGUUGCUCUGAAUUCACUGUCCCUGAGCUGGGCCAGGUCAGCAUUGAUGCACUCACUGGAGUCCUGGCCUUUGUCUUCUGAAGGGCCCUUGGCUGCUGGGCUAUUGGGAGUUCCCACACAGCUAAAGAGAGUUAAACAAUUGCAGCCUCUCCAACUGCAUCUGGAGACAAUUCGCUGAGUCAUUUCAAAGGUUUUGCUGUGUCCCAAUAGUUAAUUACAAGGAGCAAUCACUUCAUUUCACUUUGAAAUGCAUCUGCAGAGGGGGACAGCAGAUUUCUCCCUCCAGUCACCUGCAUUCACAGUAGCCUGCACAGCACUCACCAGUUAGCACGGGUUCAAGCUCCUGGAAGUGCAGAAAGGAAGGGGCUCCCAUGUGGAGCCACAGGGUACCCACCGCUAUCCUCUGGGAGGGGCAGCAGGUAGGGCUCUUGUCCUGGAGCCCGAAAACCUCUCCCCACUUGGUUCCAGACCUGACACAAUGUUCUUUCUUUUGUCAAAGUCAACAAAAUCAAAUGAGGGAAGGGGUGGCAUAGACACUUGUCACUUUCUGUAUUAAAUUCCCCGGCAUGAGACAGGAGGGGCCCUGAGCAGCCUUGGAGGCCUCAAGCACCCUCAGGAGUUUUAGAAGGAAGUUUUUUCUCCUUGAAUGAGCAGAGGGGGGCCUGGGUCUCCCCACUUCUCCUCCUGGACCUGUGCUCCUUUACAGGCUGCCUUGGGGACCCUAGAUGCUAAAGAUGGAAAGGGAGUUGGUGGCCUACAUCCCGGCUUGCGUAAGCCCCGCUUCUAAGUUGGUCCAUGCCCUUCCUGGCAGCCGGAGAACAGUUUGUCCUGCUUGCCCUCAGAGGACAGGGUGAACCCACUACUGCUUUGAAAAUACAUCCUGGUUGCUGUGAGCCCCUUUGGAGCCAGGCCUGCCUGAGGCUGUGAUAGGAUGUCUAGACUCAGGGCUUGUAAUCAUAGUAGCUGGGAUGGAGGGUGGACCCCAAGUCCUUAGCCUGGGUUUCCGGGAAGGGUCCCUGUAGAAGCUAAUCUGCUGUCGUUCCCAAAAUGACCUUGCAGAAUGACUAACUUAGUAGAGGAAGUGGCUGCCCAGAGGGAGGAGCAAGAACUGGGAGUAAGGUGGGGAUGAUGGGGAGAAACCCAGCUCAGAGCUGGGAAAGUGCGGGGGUGGAAAUUGCACCAAGACCUCUCCGCGCCUUGAUCUUGCACGACCCUCGGCCGGUGUAAGGCGAGUAGCAGGCCAAGGAGGCUGUAAUGGAGGAGCCACGGGGUGGGGGCGCCAGAAAGGAGGAGGAUCAUUCAAGGCCGUGCCGCCCGCCCACUCCGCGGCGCCUUUGUACCGCGCCGCCACCGCCCCAAGCUCGAAGCCAGUCGCACCGAAGACACCCAGGUCCGGCUGGCCCUGGCGCUUCAAAGCUGCCCGGCGCGUGCCAGAGCCUGCCGCCUGGACUCAGCCCCCGCAGCCCUUCCAAGCCCGGGUCGGCCCGGAUCUGGCCCGCAGGCCCUGCGGCCGGACUGGAGAGCGCCCCAGAGCUGCUGUUGCCGCUGCCUUGGCCUGAAAGGGGGAGGGCGGGGCGCGAUUCUCCACGCUGCUUGACGCCUGGGAACGCCGCUAUCUUGGGAAGGGGUUUCCAGAGUCCGGAGGGUCUCAUUGACAUGUAAAUGAGGGUCCCCUAUAAAGAGACGACGCUGCCUCCCACUGGUGCGAGGACGGCAACAUGGGGACGGAGCCUGCCACUCGGGGCAGCCUCCCCAGCAGCUUCCGAAAGAUCUCCAAGCCGCUGAUGGAGAAGAAGCGCCGGGCACGCAUCAACGUGUCGCUGGAGCAGCUCAAGUCGCUGCUGGAGAAACACUACUCGCACCAGAUCCAGAAGCGCAAGUUGGAGAAGGCCGACAUCCUGGAGUUGAGCGUGAAGUACAUGAAAAGUCUUCAGAAUUCCUUGCAAGGGGUCUGGCCGGUGCCCAGCGGAGCCGAACACCCGUCGGGCUUCCGCAGCUGCCUGCCGGGCGUGAGCCAGUUCCUUCGGCUCGGAGAUGAGGGCGGCGGCGGCCUGCGCUGCCCCCUGGUGCCCGAACGCGCCAUCGGCAGCACCAUGGACAGCGCCGGGCCUGGCCAGGAGGCGCCCGGGCUUUGCGGCCCCUGCACCCCCGCGGUCUGGGCUCCUACUCCGGCCGCCAGCGGCCCGCGGUCCCCACCACUCCUCCUCCUCCCCCCCGGAAGUCUCCCUGGCUCAUCCUCCAGCGUCCUCCCGCCGCAGCCAGCGUCGAGUCGCUGCGCCGAGAGCCCCGGGCUGGGCCUGCGCGUGUGGCGGCCCUGGUGAAGCCCCAGGAUGGCGGG